AUGGACGCCUCCUUGAUUGAGGUCCAGCGCCAGGCUAUCCUGGACACAGUUCGCCAUGCCGGAGGCAGAGAAUGGAAAGUGCUUGUGGUAGACGAAGGCAGCAAAAGAUUGAUCGAUAACGCCGUUAAGGAAGACGAUAUCUUGAACGAGAAUGUGACCAAUAUCGAACAGAUCGAGCAUCGACGGCCGAUGAACAAAGAGACAGAUGCCCUCUAUAUAUUGUCCGCACUUCCUCACAUUGUUGACUGCGUCAUGGCAGACUUAGAACGACGCCGUUACCGGAAAUAUUUUUUAGUUUGGACAUCAAAUCUUGAUCCUUUGAUGAGGAGCAGAAUCAACGGUUUCAGUGCUGCAAGGGAGCUCAUUGCCAAUAUGCAUGUAAUGAAUAUCAAUUUUUUCCCUCGAGAAUCCCGCCUGGCUAUCUUCCGUGACCCGUGGAGUUUUCCUACACUAUUCCACCCUGGAUGCAACAACCUUGUGAGGGAGCACCUCACCGAAUUGGCGCAAAAGAUAGUUUCUGUCUGUGUGUCACUAAACGAAUACCCCCUUAUCCGAUACUUCCGGCCCAAGGAUGCAUCUCAUGAAGCAAGUGUGCUCUGCUCUCAUCUAGCUCGGUUUGUGCAAGAUGAACUAGACGAGUAUGCAAAGCACCGAAGAGAUUAUCCCGCGCCUACCCCUAGACCGAGGGGUGUGCUAUUUAUUACCGAUCGAUCUAUGGAUCUCGCCGCGCCUCUAGUCCAUGAAUUUACCUAUCAAGCCAUGGCUCAUGACCUUCUUCCUAUCAAAGAAGGUGAUAAACUAACAUACCGAACCGUCUUAAACCAAGGUCAGGAGACUGAAGAAACAAGGGACAUGGAGAUUACCGAGGGGGAUAAAAUUUGGGUGAACAGUCGACAUUUACACAUGAAAGAUCUCCUUGGAAAGCUCGCUGAGGACUUCAAAAAGUUUAGGGCCCAAAACCCUCAAUUUGCCGACAGCGACGUUCCUGCAUCUGUCAAUACAGUUAAAGAUAUGCUUGCGGGGCUGUCAGAUUUCCAAGAAGGCAAAAAUGCCUAUACACUUCAUCUCAAUAUGGCCCAAGAAACAAUGCGGCUCUUCCAAGAACGCAACAUGGCAGAUAUCGCGACAGUUGAACAAUGCCUUGCCACUGGAGUUGACGAGGACUUCAAGAAACCAAAGAACAUUGCAGAGCAGCUAGUUCGCCUUCUUGACGAUGAAGCCGUGGGACCGUCCGAGCGACUCAGGUUGAUUCUGUUAUACCUCUGCUACCGCGGUGGACUCCUCGCCGGAGAUAUUAAGAAACUUCUUGCUCACUCACAGCUUCCCCCGCAGGACGGCGAGGCUAUUUAUAAUCUUGGGCUUCUCGGUGCAAGGGUUGAAAAGCCACUUAAGGAUCCAAAGCCGCCACCCCAACCCUUGUUUCCGCAGAAAUUGCCGCAACAGCCUCAGGAAGAGGAAGUCAGCAUAUCACGCUUUGAAACGAACGUGAAACUAAUGCUACAGGAGCAAAUUAAGGGCACACUGGAUAACUCCAUCUUUCCGUAUACACGGCCAUAUCUAGAGGAUGAGGGCUCGCCUCAUGAUCAGGUAGCUCAAUCAUCCCUGAGAAGUGCAAAACCAACUUGGGCGCGCACUCGGCCAGUUGCUGGUGACCCCCGCCAGCGAAUUAUUGUAUUCAUGGCCGGCGGUGCAACAUAUUCCGAAGCCAGGAGCUGCUAUGAAAUAUCCCAGCAAAACAACAAAGACGUUUUUCUAGCGAGCUCACACAUGCUUACCCCGGGCUUAUAUUUGCGGCAAAUAAAAGAUCUGAGCGUUGAUAAGAGACGGCUAGAUCUUCCGAGUGACCGGCCUAAACCACAGGCUCCCGCCCAUCUGUUCGAGAGAGAGCCUUCCCCUAAACCCAAACCACCAGCGCCUCCACUUAACGGGAUGGCGUCAAUGAACAUCAACAACGGACCAGGUGUUAUCAAGAGAAAACCAACAAAUGAGUCCACAAGUGCUACUCCAAACCCGCUCCCGCUAACUGAAGCUCCCUCAUCUUCAAGUGGAAAAUUCGCUAAAAAGGAAAAGGAAAAAGGCAAGGAAAAGAAGAAACGUGGGUUCUUUAAAUAA